CAGCGACUCAUGUUUUUAAACAAUGGAGAUGUAAACAGUCUAAACAUUGCUGACAUCACAUUGUGGGUGGCACCGGUCCUGUGCAGGAGCAGUGAUGUCAGAAUAAGGGUGGGAAUAAAAAAAAAAAAAAAAAAAAAAAGGAACACACCUAAUUUUUGUUUGUGGCCAUGACGUGACCAAAAGCGCGACAACGACUGCCCGAUCGCAAGAUGCAUUUUAUACAUUCCUAGGAAUUACUAUACACUGCUUGGAUGUGAAGCAGGCCUAAUGGCAGGACAGAGAAAGGAAGAGGAUCAGGUGAGGCAAGGGCAUCCAGUUGCUUCCACAACAGUGGCUAAAAAUUUGGCUAUUCUCAAAGCUCGUUCCUUUACAUUCGAUGUUGGAGAUGACUAUGACAUUAUUGAAACUAUUGGAACUGGAGCAUAUGGGGUUGUCUCAUCAGCCAGGUGCAAAUCCACAGGUCAACAGGUAGCUAUAAAGAAAAUUCCAAAUGCAUUUGAUGUGGUGACAAAUGCCAAGCGAACUCUACGAGAACUUAAGAUCCUGAAACAUUUCAAGCAUGACAACAUCAUUGCAAUCAAAGACAUCCUAAAACCUACUGUUCCUUAUUCAGAAUUCAAAUCUGUAUAUGUUGUCCUGGAUUUAAUGGAAAGUGACCUUCAUCAGAUCAUUCACUCUUCUCAACCUUUAACCCAAGAACAUGUUCGCUACUUUCUGUAUCAGCUUCUUAGAGGACUGAAGUACAUUCACUCUGCUAAUGUCAUCCACAGGGACUUGAAACCAAGUAAUUUACUCAUUAAUGAGAACUGUGAAUUAAAAAUUGGUGACUUUGGCAUGGCUCGUGGACUCUGCACUAAACCAGAUGAGUACAAGUACUUUAUGACAGAGUAUGUUGCCACUCGCUGGUACCGUGCCCCUGAGUUAAUGCUGUCCCUCCAUAAGUACACACAGGCUAUUGACAUGUGGUCAGUUGGGUGCAUCUUUGCAGAGAUGCUAGGUCGAAAGCAACUUUUUCCUGGGAAAAAUUACAUUCACCAGCUCCAUUUGAUCAUGACAGUUUUGGGGACCCCUUCCAAUGAGGUAAUACGCUCCAUUGGUGCUGAUAGAGUUAGGGCAUACAUCCAGAGUUUGCCAUCUUGCCAACCUGUUCCUUGGGAAAAAGUGUACUCUGGUGUUGAUAAAAAUGCUUUGGAUCUUCUUUCCAAGAUGUUGCGUUUUGAUCCCAAGGAUCGCAUUUCGGUUAUCGAUGCCCUGAAACAUCCAUUUUUGUCAAAGUACCAUGAUCCAGAUGAUGAACCUAAUUGUGUGCCUGCCUUUGACUUUGAUUUUGAUAAGCAGAUCCUUACCAAGGAUCAGAUUAAGGAUGCCAUCACUAGUGAAAUUAAGGAUUUUCAUGACAAAAGGGAAGGGAUUCGUCGUCGUAUCAGUUUUAAGCCAUUUCUAAGACCUGCUAGUGUACCUCAGAAUAACUCCGACACUGAUGGAGUUCAACACAGGUUUCAAAUUACCUUGGAUUCUCAGGCAGAGAGGGUAUCUACUACUGAUGGAGCAAGGGUUGAUAUUUCAUCAAAGGCACCUAAGGCUCUUACUGUUCAGAAAUCUAAUUUGGACUCCGGUUCAUGUUGUGAUGUGGAUAUGGCCAGUGCAAACUCAGUGGGAGGAAAAAUGGACAUCGAUAUGGAUUCACCUUCCCACAUUUCCCAGCUAGAAACUAUUGAUUUGACAUCACCUGUGGAAACUAUUCACAAGCAACAAAAAGACAACACUGGAAAGAAACCAGAUUCCUCUGCUGUAAAGACAGAGGCUGAGGUGAUGCCAAAAAGAGAAGGUGCAAUAUCAGAUUACACUAAGGCUGCUCUUAAGGCUGCACUAUACAAUAAGACCAAAGAUACAGCGAGUACAAUCAGUGCAUUACAAGAUACAGUAGAUACAAGAAAGGCAGUAACAGCACAAGAGCGCCAAAAAGAAAGGGAAGAGAAGAGAAGGCGUCGGCUAGAAAGAGCAAAGGAAAGAGAAAAAAAGCAGAAAGAAAAGGAACGGAAGGAGCUGAAGAAGGAUGAUGUGCUGGGUGGCCAGGUGUUGAGUGAACAUGACAAGAAUUUACUAGCACGCUGGAAGAAAAUGUCUGAUCCUGGCAGUCAGCCAAGUGCUUCCAAGAAAGUGCUACAGAAUGGUGGCUUGACCACUGAGGUAAACAGCACAGUAAGCUGCAGUCAAGUUGCACCAGCAAAAACAAAUUAUUCUAACUCUCAGAACAUCAUCAGUUUGCAGAACGCUCAGACCUCUCAAAUAACUACUGACAGCAGAAAAACAGACUGUGGACAGCUGAGACAAGAAGACUUGCUGGUUGUUAAUGGAGCACUCAAUGCCAUACCUUCCCAAGGAAAAGCAUCAGAAACAUCUGUUGCAUUUCUGGGGUUUGGGGACAGAGUCGCUUCAAGCAACCACAGAAUUCCACCUCUCCCGGUAGUUCAGAAGCAGAAAGGACCAGUAACUCAAGCUCAGUCUCUCUCAACUGUUCCUCAGACUCUGGUGCACUCUGUUUCUAAUCCUAGCGGUCCUGCUAAUAUGAUGCAUUAUUUCCCUGCUCAGUCUGGCUCAUUUUCCAUCAGCAAUCCUGGUCAGAUAAUUAUAACCGCUCCAAAUGACCUUAAAAAUGCUCACCCUAAACCUGAAUACAUGAUGCCUCCCAGUGAAAUAAGCAUCAUGUCAGGACUAGGGGUGAAGUACACUCAGAAUUCAGUUUUUCAGCCACACUUUGGUGAGGCAGCUAUGAACUCUUGGAAUAGUUUGCUUGGUCAAGUGAAGACAGGUCCUCCUUCAUCCUUACAGCCUUCAAGUUCUGUUGCCCCUUGCCAGGAAACCUGGGCUGUCACUAAUCCUGUACAGAAUCAAUUUCCUCAUCAUAUCCAGUGCCCAACAGAAGUUGCUCAAAACAGGAAUAGUUAUCUUAAACCACAAGAUGGAGGGCCUUCAAUGAAUCAGCCUAGUAUUGUUAAUCUUGGAAGUUACAUACAGAAAGGAACAGGUUUCAGUGAACAUGAGGGUAUCCAUAUUGAUCAGUCGGUAUUUUUACAGAAUAUUGUCCCAUCCCCUCCAAAACCCACACUUGAACCUUCACAAAGUAUCACAGAUAUUUAUCCCUCACAAUCCAGUUUGCAGCCUCCUGGACAGAAAUCCCAGGGUGUGAACCAGCACCCAUCAGUAUCUAUAUCAUCUCCAGAUACGUCAAAUUCCAAUUCUCCAGACAUCAGCGUAGUAACACAUCAGCUUUCAAAAUCACAGGUUGAAGACUUGUUGCCACCUAUAUUCUCAAUGACGCCGAAAGGAAGCGGAGCUGGUUAUGGUGUUGGAUUCGACUUGGAGGAGUUCCUGAAUCAGUCUUUUGAAAUGCCUGGAGAAAACCGAGAAAGCCAAGGUGACUCUGCUCCUCUCUCAGCUUCGUUGCUUGCUGAUUGGUUGGAAGUACAUCGGAUGAACCCAGCUGAUAUGGAGUCACUACAACGGGAGCUUCAGCUUGGCUCUCCCAUGAUCAUUUCUGACAUUCCUGACCUUCAGGACACAUGACUGACUGACAAUAAAGGAAAAAAUCAUAGGAGAUAAGACUUUCUAUUUACAGUCUGCCUGUGAAGUGAAUGACAUCAUAAAGAUAUAAAUAUUUUUGCAACUGUAAAUUUAUUUAAUGAAAUACACCUGUAGAAUGAGAAACUAUAAAAAGAACCAUGCUGUGAUGGAAUGUCUGGAAUUUUGAUAGCCUAAUUUGUUUUAUAUUUCAAAACUCUCCUGAUUUGUUAUAUUUUUUCUACUGCACAUACACUUUUUAUUCACAUAACUGGACUGCUUUAAGACUGUGAACUAUUUUUCACUUUAAUUAAAAUGGUACCAACUUUUA